GAAACCCAUAGCCGAAUGGAUUCAGAGCUGACUGAGGCCAUGUCAGCGGUGUGGAUCAGCUCCUCUCUCCUGAGGUCCAGGGCAACUCACCUCAGACAGCUCAGUGUGUUCUCUAGAAGGGCUGUGUUACAACCUGUACAGGUGGUCUCCUCACUACAGAAGACAUGGACACCUGGGAACCCAACCUGGUGCUGUAGAUCCCUCCAUGUGGACAGUCCCCCCGUGGUCCCAGGGCAGAGCUUCAGCUACGUCCAUGGGGCCUCCUCAGUGUCCCUGCUGGGCCAGACGGUGGGUCAGAGUUUGCAGGCGGCAGCUAACCGCUGGCCCCACAGAGAGGCCCUGGUGUUCCUGCAGGAUGGAGUCCGUAAGACCUUCUCCCAGUUUCAGGAGGACGUUGACCAGGCCGCUGCAGGUCUCCUGGCCCUGGGUCUGAAGAGAGGGGACAGACUAGGAGUCUGGGGGCCCAACACAUACCACUGGAUCCUGUUUCAGUUCGCCACAGCCAAGGCUGGCAUCAUACUGGUGUCAAUAAACCCAGCCUAUCAGCUGAAGGAGCUGGAGUUCACCCUGGGGAAGGUGCAGUGUAAAGCAGUGGUGUGUCCCACCCAGUUUAAGACCCAGAGGUUCUGUUAUCUCUGUCUCUGUAGGUGCAGUGUAAAGCAGUGGUGUGUCCCACCCAGUUUAAGACCCAGAGGUUCUGUUAUCUCUGUCUCUGUUCUGUUGAGACUGAGGUGCCCAGAUGGACACAGCAGAGUGGUGGUCUUCAGGAGCUCCAGACUACCAGACCUGCGUAUGGUGAUUGUGACAGACAGCAGACAGACAGGGACUGUACAUGUAGAGGAUGUGAUGCAGGCUGGAAGCAGACAGCACCACCAGGAGCUGCAGGACCUGCAGACCAAACUGUCCUUCGACGACCCCAUCAACAUACAGUUCACAUCCGGAACAACAGGAAAUCCUAAAGGUGCCACCCUCUCCCACCACAACAUCGUCAACAACGCCUAUUUUGUGGGUCUACGUCUGGGAUUCAACUGGAAGCCUAUAAGAGCGUGUGUUCCUGUUCCUCUGUACCACUGCAUGGGCUCAGUGUUAGGAGCGAUGUGUUUGGCACUGCAUGGCAUCACCCUGGUCUUCCCCUCUGCUGGGUACGACAGCCGUGCCAACCUGGAGGCCAUUCAGAAUGAAAGGUGUAAUUUCCUCUACGGAACUCCUACCAUGUACAUUGACAUGCUUGGACAGCCUGACCUACACAACUAUGACCUGUCAUCAGUUGAAUCUGGGUUUAUGAGUGGGUCUCUUUGUCCUCCUGAAGUCAUGAGGAAACUCAAAACUGAUAUGAAUGUCAAUGAUAUCAUAAUAGGCUAUGGGACCACAGAGAACAGCCCUGUAACAUUCCUUGGUUUCCUGCGAGACAACGAGGAACUGAAGACCGAGACGGUGGGAUGUAUCCUGAACCACACUGAGGCGAAGGUGGUGGAUGUGUCCUCUGGAGAGGUGGUUCCUCUGGGGGAUCCAGGAGAGCUGCUGAUCAGAGCUUACUCUGUUAUGCUGGAGUACUGGGACGACCCAGACAAGACCAGUGAGGCUAUCGCCAAAGACCGCUGGUACAGAACCGGUGACAUAGCCAGUCUGGACAGGUUUGGGUACUGCCGUAUAGUGGGACGUAUAAAGGACAUGAUCAUACGUGGAGGAGAGAACAUCUACCCUGCUGAGAUAGAGAAGUUCCUUCACACCCAUCCCAACGUACAGGAGGCCCAGGUGAUUGGCGUGAGAGAUGAGAGGUUGGGGGAACAGGUGUGUGCCUGUAUCAGACUGAAGGAGGGACAGGACUGUAGCAGAGAGGAGAUCAGAGACUUCUGCAAGGGACAGAUUUCUCACUUCAAGAUCCCCCACUAUGUGGUGUUUGUGGACAGCUAUCCACUGACUGCCUCUGGAAAGAUCCAGAAGAAUAAACUGAGGGAGGAGAUGGAGAAGAAGCUGGGUCUGUGAUGGACAGAGGGACGUAGACAGACUGGGCUACUAGCCAACCCACGUUGAGCACCGUUUACACCCGAGGUGAUCUCUUGUUAAACCAUCAAUACGCACAAAGAUCAUCCGCACAGUGAAUCUGAAUUACAACCACUGACAUUUAGUUGUGGCUGCUGCCAACAUUUUCAUUUUUUACUAUUUUGUCCUCUGGUGGGUAAUAUCUUUAUAUUAAACUGCUAUUUCAGCAGAUUAAUCACUUAAAUAUUUGACAAUCAUUUUGUUCAAAUGAAAUGAGGCAUUUCCUUGUUUACCACAGAGAAUCUACUGUGGCAAUUGACCCUCCACAUGUUAUGAAUGGAAAGGUCAGGUUGGUGUACUUUACUUGUAUUUCCAAUGUAUGUAAUCCAUUAAUUAAUAUAAUCCAUUAACUUGCCUUUAUAAUCAAAAGGGGAACAUACAAUAUCCCUGAACUGUCCACAUCUAACAUUGGUAACUAAAUCAAGCCAAUCAUGAUUUGAGUUAAUAUAAUCUGUUUUCAUUAAGGACUAUGUGUCUGCUUUAAGGGUUAAUAUAAUCUGUUUUCAUUAAGGACUAUGUGUCUGCUUUAAGGGUUAAUAUAAUCUGUUUUCAUUAAGGACUAUGUGUCUGCUUUAAGGGUUAAUAUAAUCUGUUUUCAUUAAGGACUAUGUGUCUGCUUUAAGGGUUAAUAUAAUCUGUUUUCAUUAAGGACUAUGUGUCUGCUUUAAGGGUUAAUAUAAUCUGUUUUCAUUAAGGACUAUGUGUCUGCUUUAAGGGUUAAUAUAAUCUGUUUUCAUUAAGGACUAUGUGUCUGCUUUAAGGGUUAAUAUAAUCUGUUUU